AUGUUUUCUUUUUUAGACAUAAUUGAAAGUGGCUGCUGAUUUCACUCGUGAGAACCAGUAAAAUUUUGUUGUGGUGGUAAAUUUAGUGUCUCUUCGAGGAUAAUUUACACUGCGUCAUCAUGAGUUACGGAAGACCUCCUCCUCGUAUUGAGGGAAUGGUCUCUCUCAAAGUGGACAAUUUGACCUACCGCACAACUCCUGAAGAUUUACGCAGAGUGUUCGAAAGAUGUGGAGAAGUUGGUGACAUCUACAUACCUCGUGAUAGAUAUUCUCGCGAAAGCAGAGGCUUUGCAUUCGUCAGAUUCUACGACAAAAGAGAUGCUGAAGACGCACUCGAUGCAAUGGACGGAAGACUUUUGGAUGGCAGGGAACUCCGUGUUCAAAUGGCUCGCUAUGGAAGACCAUCAUCUCCCUACAGACAUCGCCGAGGAAGAAGGCGCCGUUCAAACUCCCGCUCCCGUUCUAGGUCCAGGUCCCGAGGCAGGAGAUAUUCUCGCUCUCACAGUGGCUCCAGAUCCCGCUCGUCAGACAGCAAGAGUUCUCGCGGCAAAUCUCGCUCUAAAUCACCCAAGCACAGCCGCUCUCGCUCCCGCUCUCACUCCUAAAUGGCGAUUGAUUGACUUUCAUCGAACUGACUGUUGUGGAGAUAUCAUGCACAGACCAUGGCCAAAAACAGCUGCAUUUGAACCUGCUUGAAGAUGCUUUUUGUUUUCAGAGGUAGUUAUUUUUACCCACCCAUUCCCAUUACUAAAUGUAUUUUUCCCCUUUUAUUCUCUCCCACUUUGCCUCAUCUUUCCUCAUUUCCAUUUCCCCAUUUGUAUUUUUAGCUCAUAGUAAAUCUACGACACAGGUCUUGUUGGUUGUUAAAACCAUUCCGGACCGAUCCCACUCCUCAACUCUUCUUCGGUUAUGGCAAUCCAAAUUUUACCAUCUCAGACAGUCAUUUUCAACUUUCAGUUUUGAAUUUUGCCUGAGAAGUUUCCAAUUUUUGUCAAAUUUUCUUCAGAAGUUGAAUUUAAUUGACUAGGUGUAAAUAAGCAAAUAAUUUCAUAGUUGGUUAGUUAAGGGCUUCUUUAUUUUUCAAUUUAAAAAAAACGUGCUCUGAUAGUAUUUAUUUUCAUCGAGUUUCACUCAUCAAAGUUGCUCGAACGAUUCCCAUUUUGCAACACUUCCAAGAGUCACUCCCCACCUAGAUUUUUUCUGUGUCUUGACACUUAUUAGGCAGAGGCUUUCACUGGCUCAUUUUCCAAGAUAGGUAACAUCAGUUCAAAUCUUGGAAGAAGCUCGAUAGGUUAAAAAUCUUAGGUAUUGAAAUCUAUUUCAUUGCUCACUGAUUAAAUUGUUAGUAAUUUCAAUGCUAAAUCAUUCAACACAAGUGACAUAGAUCCGAGUCAAGUUGCUGAUGUGCGUUGGGAGACUCAUUUAAAUUACUUUUACUUUCCUCUUGCUUUAAAACAUAUACCAUUAGUUGAUAGCCUGUCAUGUUGGAAACCUAUUACUUUUUCCCUGCUCUUAAGUUCUUGUAACUGAUCGCCAUCAUUAGUGUGUAACAUCAGAGCGUUUCAAUGGCUAAGCAAAGCUGCCAUUGUUAGCUAGGAACUUCGGAUAGAAAAGAUGUGAUAUUAUGUCUGAACUAAUAUCGUAAACUUCCAAGGCUUUGUGAAUUAUUUUUUCUCUUCAAUCUUUGAGUUGGAGGGUAAUUUCUUACAUGAAGUAGUUUUUUCUUCUCCUUUUUGUUCUUUGACAGACGCCUAAUUUUCUCUUGGGGUUAGUUUCCCAUCAGGCAUGAUUGCAAAUUAAGUCCUGUGAGAGUUCAGGAAACUUUCGCAGAAGAAUUUAUCUUUUUUUAUAAGGACUAAAUCAUACAUGAAACCUUAUCUCUAAAUGAGGAGCUGACAAAUUACUUAUUUUAUCAGAAGUACUAUGUAUGCAACAAAAGCAAACAGAUAUGACUAAAGCUAUAACAACAUAUACGCCAACGGAGGAUAUUUUUGUAAAAUAUUCUGGCCAAAUUUGACAGCUGAAAUGAAGAUAAAAAAGUCGUGAUUGUGAAGACAAAACUCUCUUAUUUAUUUAAAUUUGUGACCGAGCUUCCUUUGCAGUGGAAGUGAGAAAAGCAUCAACAGAAAGAUGUGUGGAUUUUUAGUGUGUAUGAUUUAACAUCUUUAAAUAUAUCAGUAUAAAAAUAAUUAAUUUGUACCUUGACAAUGACACACAAAAGUAAGCGUAGGAAUGGGAAGAACAAGGCUCAUUCUAAAUCCAAAUUUGAUAUCUGUCAAUCAGUGUACAUUUUAAUGGAGGCUUGUUUCUACCAUUCUCAUGUUUCCAUUUGUCCUUCAAGUAUAAAUGUUAACAGUUUUGGCUGUUGUCUCUGCGUGUCAACAAAUGUGUACGUCAGCUUUUGUCUUUUCCAUAUUGCAAGCCGUUUGUUUGCACCACUUAUGUUAGUUUAGCGAUUUCAGUUUAAAAUGUAUAAUUUCAUCAUUUUGUUUCAAGUGUGUUUCCCUAAAGUUUAAUUUUAAUUUUUUAUCUUCAAUCAUUUAUUAUCGUUUAUUUCUGGUAGCAAUUUUUCAGUAAUAUUGGUUGCCGACCUCAGUUAUUGUAUAUUUUGUGCGUCUAUGAGUGUAUGUCCAAUACAACUUUCCAUUAUCUUCAGAUACGAGAGUUUUUCCUGUAUAUUUUCAUUUAAGUAACAUCCAUCACUUUAUAAA